AUGAAAGAAGCAAUCUUUGACGGCAACCUCAAGGUUGAGAUCCACGAUACUCCGGUACCAACCCCAGGACCCGGACAGGUCUUGAUCAAAACCACCAUCUCUGGGACCAAUCCGAAAGACUGGAAAAUCCCCAAGAUUUGGAUUCCGCACCUACCUCCCAUGAAUCAUGGAGAUGAUAUUGCUGGUCUUAUUGAAAGUGUUGGCGAAGGCGUGCUCGGCUUCAAGAAGGGAGAUCACGUUGCGGCUUUCCACGAAAUGAACACCCCGCAUGGAAGUUAUGCCGAAUACUCCAUUGCUUGGGCUCAGUCGACCUUUCUCAUACCCGAGAAGACCAGUUUCGAGGAGGCGGCGACGAUCCCACUAGCUGCCAUGACCGCUGCUCUUGCUUUGUACCAGAAGCUCGAUCUGCCGCUUCCCUGGAAUCCAGCCAAAACAGCUUUGCCUCGCCUCGUCAACGGCGGUGCCACGGCUGUUGGGGCCUUUGCCAUCAAGCUAGCGACGCUCUCCAACAUCCAUCCCAUCAUCGCCGUUGCCGGAAGUGGCAGUCCCUAUGUGCAAACCUUGAUCAACAAGGAGAAAGGUGAUGUCAUCAUCGACUACCGCAAAGGAGAAGAUCACGUUCUUGAGCAGAUCCGCCGUGCAGCUGGGGGACAGUCCAUCAUCAAUGCUCUGGAUGGCGUCUCCGAAGAGGGGACAGUCCGAACCGUGGCCAAGGCUCUGGCUCCAGGUGGCAAGAUCUCAGUCUUUCUACAAAACUUCCCGAACGAUGUUAAGGCCGAAGUUUUGUACACUAUGGUUGGCACAGUCCAUGCCUCGAAUGACCCUUCAGGUCCUCUUUUGGGAGACAAGGAAUUUGGGUCGGUAUUUUACCGCUUCUUCGGGCGGGGACUGGAAGAGAGGUGGUUCACUGGUCAUCCUUAUGAGGUUCUUCCCGAAGGUCUCGGCUCUUUGGAAAAGGCACUCAAAGAUCUCGAAGCUGGAAAGGUGUCUGCUAAGAAGUACCUUCUCCGCAUCGAAGACACUAAGUAAGCUUCUUGCUGGAGUGGUGAUAGCGUAUGGUUUUCACAGCUAGAACGGUCAAGACCAUGAUGAUUCAGGG